CAAAUCCUUGUGCUGCGCAGCUCAAUUCACGAUGUAGGAAACACUAACACUGUUCACUUGCCACGGUUGCCAACCCUGUUUUCACAUCGCCUUCUGCCUGACCGCCCACCCAAACAGGACAAUCACGCCCAGUCACACGCGCAAAGUCUACAUCGUCGACCUGUACUCGCUUCACCGUGCAGUAAUGUCGUAAUGCUCGAGCAUGGAUCGCCUUAAACCUCUUAUGCUUCCAAAAGCCUUGGAGCAGCAGCGAAGCCUCUUUGCAGACUUCCAGCGGCGAGACCAUGAAGCAGAAGAAGGCCGGAACGCAUUAUUCGAAGAGACUGCAAAUCGGUUCCCCUCCUCGGAGUCAUCCAAUCCCACACUCUGCUCCACACCAUUCCGCCUUCCGAUCUCUUCUGCGCUACCUUGUCUCACAAAUGUAGCGGCGUCUCCUAGGAGCUCGAAAGCGAUCCGUCCAAACUCUUUCUUCGCAGACGAUGACUUCUCAGACUUGUCGAACCUCCGCUCGAAGCGGUGGUCGGAGGCAACAUUCACGUCAAAUUAUGAUCUAUCAUUCAAACCUGGCGAGUUCAUAGCCUCCACGCCUAAGUCUGUGCCAGCUGACACGAAGAGAAUCGAUCGCCGUGCUAUGCAAUUUAACAACUCUGCAGGUAUCCGGUCCGUGGUCAAAGCUACAGACCUUGUGUCUAGGAGGAGUCCGCAAGCAUCUCCUCUUCUCGAGAAAUCUCAAGACACAUCGGGCUCCCCUCCCUUGAAGAUCAACUACGGGCAAUUGUUCACAGCUCUUUGCAUCACCGAUCCUACGGCUCUCAGCCACCCCAUGAAACUCACCACGUCCUCAUACAAACUCUCUCACCUCGGACUGCUGCAACUGGGUACGAGCGGAGUCAUGUCUGGGGCACAGCCAGGCGAGCAAGAGACGUGGGACAUCUCACAAGAACUAGGACUAGACGGCCGCCCGAAAUUCCUCCUCGAAUGGCGAGGGACGCUGACAAGUUUCAUUCCAGGACGAGGCAAGAUGUACCUCGCAAGCCAGAUCGACAUCACAUCCGUCCUGCGCGGCAUGGCAGCAUACGAUCUCAACAACACCCAUCAAGCCGAGUUUGCAGAUGGUACUAGCCGUCAUUCCCUGCCGGAGCCGGACCCAAACAGCACCGCCAUGGCCGCCUUCGUCGAGAUGUUCACCGACGUCAAGAUGCAAUUCAAGCGAUACUUUGUCGUCCAGCAGAAGCCCCGCUCACGCAUCCCGCUGCCCUCACCCGGCACAACAGCUGGAUUCCGCCUCCCUGCCUCGCCGCGAGGCAGAGGCCCUGCAUCCCCGCGAUCCCCCCAUCUGCCUCGCCCGCCGUCGUCGCCGCGACCCUAUGCGAAGCUGACAGACUACGCCAUCAUCUUCGCCUCGCCGGAGAUACACGCGCGAGGAGAAGACGCGACGUUCAACUUCAUGCAUUGCCCGAGAAGCGUGCUGGACGCUCUGGAGAGACAUCUGGGUGGGACUCGAUCGUUCGAGCUACCUGUCAAGUGGGGACUGUCGCGGCAGCUGCUGUGGUUGGUGGGCGUGCAGGUGUCUGACGGGACGGCGAGGUGGUGGGUGUGUUUCCUGUUGGACUGGGAUGAUGAGAUCUUCUGAUGUGCUUCUCUUUCUAGCAUCUGGAGGAGCUUUGUUUGAAAAGAAAAGAUAGAAUUUGGCAUUGGGGAGGAGGAACAAGGGGCAUGUAUGGUGUUUGCUAUAUUAGAUUGGCAUACCUUUUUUGGGGUGCUUUUUUUUUACUAUUAAAAGAAUGCGAAUCUCGGAAAGGGGGGCGCAGAGAGCGGCUUUUAAUGUCUAACUAAACCUUCAUGACCAAGUGGAGACAAGAUCAUACCAACUAAUGCACGCACGUGGAACUGGGAGCUAGAAUCUGAGGCAAAUAAUAACAAAGAGCGGAAUUUCCGAUGUCACAGAUUCUAGCCGCGUGCCCUUUUUAACCU